UCACUUCGAUUGGCAGCAAGACUUUUCUGCAAGUUCGAUGAUAGAGAGUUAUUGGAUUCUCUUUUGUAGCUGUCUCCCUUAUUUGAGAAUAAGCAGUCUUCUCCGUGCAAGGAAACUGUGAUAGAACUAAUACAAUGGAAACAGGACUAGGAACAGGUCUAGGUUAUGGGAUCAAGAAAUCUAUUGUUCAUCCUGGAAAGGGCAACCUCCCUCUUUAUCCUGAUGGUACAAAGGUAACAUUUCAUUACAAGUGCAGCAAAUGUGAUGAGGAAGAGACUGUGAUUGAGGACACAAAAAAGGUUAAGAAGCCUAUGGAGCUCCUGACUGGCAAAUCAUUUAAGUUUGAACUUUGGGAGAAUGCUCUGAAGACCAUGCGACCAGAUGAAGUGGCUGACUUUGUAUGCGACACACAGCACCUUGCAUCUUACCCACCUGUUGAAGCCAAGCUUCGUGCUUUCCGCCAUGGUAAGAAGAUCGAGGAGGAGAAGCACUGCUGUGGCAUGGCCCAGGUCCACCAAUCUGGUCUAGGCUAUGAGGACUUGGACUCCCUCAUGAAGGACCCUGUGCCACUGCGAUUCACUAUGGAGGUUAUCAGUGUGGAGGAGCCUGGACAGCAUCGUUUGGAAGCUUGGGCAAUGAAUGAUGAACAGAAGAAAGCUGUCUUGCCUAAGCUCAAGGAGGAAGGUAACCGUCUAUACAAAGAAGGAGAGUACGAGAAGGCAGCAGAGAAGUAUGCUGAAGCCCUUGGCUGUCUUGAGAACCUUCUUCUGCAUGAGAAACCCAAUAGUGCAGAGUGGUUAGAUCUUGAUGGGGACAAGAUUCCAUUCUUACUCAACUUUGCUCAGUGUAAGCUUCAUAUGAAGGAGUACUACCAGGUCAUUGAACAUACAACAACAGUUUUGGAGAAGGAAGACGACAACGUGAAGGCACUGUACAGGAGAGCAAAGGCACACUCUGCAUGCUGGAAUUUCAGAGAAGCUCGACAAGACUUUGGUGAGGCGUUGAAGCUUGAUCCUAAGCUUGGCGGAGCCAUUCGGAAGGAACUAGCAGUGAUCGAAGAAGCAGAGAAGGCCAAGGAUGCAGAGGAUAAAGCCAAGCUUCAGAGCCUCUUUACCAAGUGAGAAUGGAAUUCAUCAUAAACUUUACAAUUGGAUGUAUUAGGUUUUACAAGCUCCAGUCGACUUUUAAAACAGAAUGUGGACAAGGCAAAUCAUCAUCCUUUAUUCUCUGAGUAAUGAGGGUAUUACUCUUAAGCCUUGUAACUGGAUGUAUAGAGUACAGUGUGGAGUCAUAGCCAUUCAUCCCUCUGGCAACUACUUCUAGUUCAAGCUUUGAAAAUCUAAAGUAUCACAUGUUGCAGUGGCUGCUAACAAUAUCAAUUUUUUGGUUCUAACCAACUGAUACAUACCUGGUGCAAGGAGUUUUUUUUUCAGAACUUAUGCUAUAUUCUAACAAUAGACUGUGAUAUCAUAACCUCUAAAUACCUUUGGUUAACUGAGUCAAACUAACACUGUCAGCUUAGACUUUUGUCAUACUGUGUGCGAAGGAUGUAUUGUCACUCCGAAAUUACACUGUUAUUGCUGAUUGGAUGACAAAACCUUUUAUUAAAAAAAAAUAAUUGUUCAAUAGAGUAAUGACUGCCAUGACACCAUAUGAAAUGGAAUAGUCUUCCCUCUGACAUAGCAUUUAGAUAGAGAGUUUGAAAUGGUCCACAAAAUUUAAUACAAGAGGUCUUAUCUCCCUUGGGUCAUUAUCCUUCUAAUAUGGUCAUUGCCAGCAAUAAUCAAGGCCAGCACAUGUGAGUUAUAAUGCUGCCCAAGUAGGAAUUACUUGGGAUAUCUUCAGAUUUUUGGAUGUUGCAAAUGACUGUGGAUUUGUGGAAGUCAUGUGGUUCCCUUUAAUUGCAAGGAAAGAUCCAGGCAGUUGUAUUCUACAAACCUGAGGACACCAACAUGCUGCCUGUGCUUUAAACCACUUGCUUUGUGAUACUGAUGACAGUGCUUUAUGAACCAGAUAGCAUGUUGACAUUUGAUUAUUGCUCUUAAAAAUGUACAAGUUAUGAAUUCUUUGUGUAUUGUGAUUGCUUUUUGUGCUCCUGUGAUGUUUUUUAAAAUCUAGCAAAGUCUUGCCAUAGCAGGUAUGAUUGUGUUUCAGCCCAGUAAGAACAGCAUCCUUGCUGAAAUAGGCCAAAGUAGAUUUUACAUGUUCUUAUGUACACUGUAUAGCUCAGUGACAUCUUGGGGGCAAGGGGCUAAGUUGCAGUGUAAAGGUGAGUUGUGAACAGCUAUGACAGCCUGUACAGAAGAUGGUCUUGAAUCAACCCCUUAACAUUUUCUGCGACCUUUCCGCUUUCAACUGUGCCACUCACUGACUUUUUACUUUGAAGUCUCACGCAUCUUUUCAGACCAAAAAUUGCUCCAAAACGUGAUUUUGUGUAUAAAGUCAAUGUAAAUUGAGUUAUCUCAUAUUGACAUCAGUUGAAAUCAAUUUAUUUUAGAAUACUAUAAUUAUGCUAAUUAUAUUUAAUACUUAUUAUUAUAUUAAUACGGUAAUUAUGCUUUAAAAAGGUUCUGCUAUAAAUUUGGCAAAAAAAAACAAAGAAAAAUAAAAGGUCAAAAAAACAAAGAAAUACAUUUGAAUAAUUCAUUUUCAAACCAGAAUUUUUUCAUUUAUAAUUGUUAGGAAUAGUAUAAGAAUAUUAACACCAAAAUUAGCAUUCUAGGAGCUUUUAUUAGUGAAUUAGAGCAACAAUUAUGAUUUAUUUUGCAUAAAUUAGCAUAAUUAAUACAUAUGAAAAAAAUAUAAUUUCAGAAAAAUCAACCAUACAGCCUUGUAGAUCACAUCCCACACUAUUAUCAUGCCAAUUUUCACAGCGUUCGCGUGAUUGGCGGCCAAGAUCUCAAGGGGGGUUGAUUCUUGGUGACCUGCAAUGAUUUGUAUACUGCAGUCCUUCAAUGCAUUGAGAGUUACAAGUGGUUCACACUGAUUGGCUGAAUAAAAGUAUUUUAUCUGUUUUCUAUGCAUGUAUUCUGUCAUCACUGUGUAUACAAAUUUACACGUAUGAUAUGAUGCAAGUUCAAUUUUGCCAAACUUGUGACUUUUUCAGUGAUUUCGGAUGCAAUACAAUUAAGUGAAUAUUAAUGAACAGAUAUCUGUCUAUCUAUCAACCUAUAUCUACUUCAUUAGACUAAAGCUAUCAUUAUUUUAAUCAUUUGAACACCGAUAUCAUAAUGAUUAUAUAUUCCUUGGAAUUGUAAUCAUGUAUAGCUAGGAAAAUACCCUGAACAAUAAAACAACUUCCCCAUUAAUUCAAUGAAGGAUAAAAAAAGAAGAAAAACAAGAUUUGAGCAUUAUAAAAAUGAUUGAUAGAUAUAUGGAUAGAGUACAGAAAUGUGUUCACUCAGAACACACACAAAAAAUAGAAAACUAGCAAUGAAAAUAUUGAUAAAUGUAAUAGUUCUUUAUAUUAUUCCCUCUGUUCAUUCUUUAAUGAUAGGUUGAUUACGGCAGGUGUUGUUCAUUUAUUAAGUUAGCCAUUUGUAGGUUAAAAUCUUUAUAAACUUUGUUAGAUUGUCUAUCAUGUCUGCUGAUAUCAUAAUUUGAUUCUACCCUUCAGUCAACAGAACCAGUGUCUGCUUAUGGCUCUAAUGGUCUGCUGUAAAAGACUACAAAUGGUUAAUCAUAAAAAUAAUGUAGAGUAUUUCUAAAGCGCGAAAUACACAUUGAUUAUGUGCUUAAGGCACUGCGAAAAGGAAAUAAAAAAAUCACAUGGAGCAGGAAGAGACAAGGAUAAAAGAAACACAGUCAUAACAAUGAGAGGAAACUAGUUACUGUGAGGCAAUUUUAAACAAAUGUGUUUUUAGAGCAAUUUUAAAACAAUGGAUGUUUGAAAUACAACGAAUGGAAUAUGGCAACUGAUUCCACAAGGGUGGUCCAGCAUGUGCAAAUGACCGAUCGCCCCAUGAUUUCUUGGAUUUAGGAACUGCAACUAAUUUUGAAUCAGAAGAUCUUAAAUGUAGAUCUGGUAGAGAACAACAUAUUUAUACUCUAGUUGCCGCUCACAGCUUUUGAAAAUUGUUUGCAGUCUAGCAUUAAAUCGUGAUCAGAUGCUAUUCUUUAGAUUGUCUGUAAUUCACGAUGGGUUUUGUGAAAUCGAGAGAUAAAGACACCACUAGUCUGUUCAUUUUUAUUUUAGAGUCUAUGACUCUGUAUACACCAACUUCCACAACUAUGGGCUGAGAUUCUUAAAGAGUACUUUACAAUGGAUUGCAAUUUCAAGUCUAUGACAGACAAUGUAAUAAUGAUAAUAAUAACAACAUUAUUUGUAUAGCGCUUAUCAUAAAACAUGUGUCUAAGCGUUGUAAAUUGAUUGUAUAUCUUUAUACAUGUAUUACAGGGGUGAGUGGUAAUACCAGAAGAAUAAAUAAAUGAAAGUUCUAACAAUAUCUAUAAGAUACUAUUGAUCUGUGACAUUGGAUUUCAAUUCAUUGUUAUAUCAAAGUGUCUAUUACAUGUACAAGUAUAAAGAAGCCAAAAUCAAUUAUCGUUUUAAUAUAUCAUUAAACUUGACUGUUGGAUGUUUAGAAUGUCACAAAGUUGUAGUCUUUAAUAGUCUAACUUGAUUUCUUAGGUACAGUAUUGUUAUAUUAUGGUAUCAGAUAGGAAAUUCAAUCUCAUACCUCAAGUCCUCCAAACCAGCCUCAAAACAAAAUCCAAACUUUUAAUGAGUUUAACUUUCUUUAUAUCUCAGCGCAUAGAGCAAACUUUGAUUGCCAAAGCCCUCUUGGGACAGUCACAGUAAUAGAAAAACAACAACAGCAAAGAUUUGCCUUCUUAUAAGAUAUUAGUCUAUUAGAAUCAACCAAUGUCUACAAGUAUAUAGACAUCCUGACUACUCUGAAGUUUGACCAAAUUCCUAUAUCAUUUUCCUGUCUAGAUAUGUUACUAAUUACAUUCCUUUUGGAAAUGAUGAUUUUAUCUUAUUUUUUAGAAUAGAAAAUCCUUCAUUUUUAGAGAAAGGGGUAGGGGGAUCUUUUGCAUUAAUAAUUCAAUUGUAAUUUUUAGCAAAUGUACAACCCUUAACAAAUUUUACAUGAAGGUACUGAAAUAAAUAGACAAGAUCAUAUUCAGUUAAUGUAUAUUACAAUUUCUCUUGAAAAUGAUGUCAAUUUAUGCCAACCUCAGAACCAUUUAAAUUAAGCAGUGGAUAAUAGACAUAACAUCUUAUUCUUCUACAUAGUAUGUAUAAUCAUCAUAGAGCUUUGUAGUCUUUUGCAAAGAUGAACAUGACUUCAAAUGAUGCAAGUAAUGAGGACAAAUAAGGGUCAUUUUUAUGUUCAGAUCCUGUGAUUGAAUUUAAAAAAAGAAAUAUGUAAUGAAUUAAAGAAUGAAGAAAUACACAGUAAAUUAUCAAAUAUGGUUGUUUGAAGGUUUUGAAAGAAAGUUAGAACCCUUUGUGUGCUAUGCUUAUUUUAAUCUUUAUGUAAAUGUAAAUAGCCUGCAAUAUGAUAAUUUUCUUUUAUUUGUGAGAAUGGAUAUAUGGUAUUCAAUAUGUAAAUAGGCAUGUCAACUAUCUUGUGCUAAUGCUAUUGUCUAGUACAUAUACUUUGUCAGUCUUUUGAAAUAUGCCAAAUUCCUGAUGCAGGGAAUUUGUUUUUUAUAAUAUACUGUAAAAAAGUGUAUAUUAGAUUUUAAAUGUAUGUUAUAGCCAAAAUUCUGAUAAAAUAAACAGCUCUAAAAACUA